AUGGACGAUGAAAAUCAGUUGAGGGAGGAGCUGCAUGCAGAUAUUGGAGCACUUGAUCUAUCAGGAGAUCAUAGACAUGAAGUUGAAGACGUGGAAGAUGUAGGAGUGGAGGAUGUAGAUGUAGAAAAUGUAGACGAGGAUAAUAGUACAUAG